AUGGAUGACUCCAAUAUCUUCGAGCGCUCCAAGCCCCAGUAUGAAAGUGUCGCAUCCUCAUCCUUCGUUAGCGUGAAAUCGGCCGGAGCCAAAGGUGAUGGAGUAUCCGACGACACUGCCGCCUUGCAAUCAGCCAUGAACGGUCUCAAAUCUGAUCAGAUUCUCUACUUCGAUCACGGUGCCUAUGUUGUCACUUCCACGGUCAAAGUCCCCAGUAACAUCAAGAUGACUGGGGAAAUAUGGCCCCUAAUCAUGGCUUCCGGUACCGCAUUCGCCAAUCAAGCAUCGCCAGCUCCCGUCUUCCAAGUCGGCCAACCAGGCGACACCGGCGCGGUCGAAAUGAGCGAUCUCAUCUUCGAGACCAAAGGGCCAGCCCCAGGUGCAGUCAUGGUGGAAUGGAAUGUCGCCGAGUCCUCUCAAGGUGCCUCGGGCAUGUGGGAUGUCCAUAUGCGCAUCGGUGGCUCGGCUGGCACUAGCUUGCAAAGCAACACUUGUGCCAAGAACCCCAAUGUCACGGCCAACUACAACGCGAACUGUGAAGGUGCCUUUCUUCUCCUGCACGUCACCACUAAAGCGACUAUCUACCUCGAAAACAACUGGUUUUGGGUUGCCGACCACGAGCUUGACCUCGCCGACCACAACCAGAUCAAUAUUUAUAACGGUCGCGGCAUUCUCGUCGAAUCGCAAGGACCAGUCUGGAUGUACGGCACCAGCUCUGAGCACAGCCAGCUCUACAACUUCGAGUUCGCCAAUGCUCAAAAUGUCUAUGCUGGGGUCAUCCAAUCCGAAACACCAUAUAUGCAAUCCAAUCCCACAGCCCUUAACGGCGGUUUCACGCCCAGCGACACCUACUUCGACCCCGACUUCAGCUCCUGCAACGGCGAUGCCGGCUGCGAGAAAGCGUGGGGUCUGCGCAUCUUCGCUUCCAGUGAUAUCCUUGUCUAUGGCGCAGGGUUAUAUUCAUUCUUCGAUAAUUAUGAUCAGACGUGCCUCGCUACCGAAAGCUGUCAAGUCAACAUGGUUAGCAUUGAGUGCAGCACGGCAAUCUACCUAUGGGCCCUGAGCACCAAGGCGAGUACGAAUAUGGUCACUGUCGAUGGAACUGGGGUUGUGAACGAGAGUGACAAUAUGUCUAACUUUUGUCAGACGAUUGCUUUGUUCGAGGAGGCUUAA